GAUUACAAGAAAACAAAAAAUAUUUUUUUAAAUUAAUUUUACAAUGCAUUUCCAAUUUUUAUCUACCGUGAACAACAUGCUAAUUUUAUUUUUAUUUGUGUUUUUACGUUUAACAAAUGGAUUAAAUUUAUCAUCUGAUCAUAUAAAUUGUGUUUUCUAUAAAACUUACGACGAUUAUGAAAUUAUAAAAGCAACAACACCUGAAAAAAUUUUAGAAAAAUCCAAUCCAUCCUUAAGAACUAUGUUUUUCAUUCCUGGCGUUAAUGCAUCAAUACAUGAAAAGAACUUUAAGCCAAUACUCCAGUCCUACAUCAGAUCUAAGCGAUACAACGUAAUUCACUUUGAUAGUUGUUACUAUACAUGUGGUGAACGUUCUCCUGCAUUAAAAAAUGAAAUUUUAUUUUGGCUUGGUGAGCUUUAUGGCUCUAUCAUUUCCAAACUAAUUAAUUUGGGUUUACGUUUGGAUAGUAUAGAACUCAUAGGACAUUCAUAUGGUACCAGUUUAGCAACUUUAACCGCAAAUAACACUGUUCCAAAAUUACCGUUAUUAGUUGGUUUAGAUCCGUCUGAAUCGUUUCAUUUUGAAAAAGGAUACGCUGAUUAUACAAUUGCGUUACAUACAAAUAUGGGAAUGGUUGGUGGGGUGUAUUAUAAUCAAUCAGACUCAGAUUUAAUAGCAAAUAAUGGAAUGAUUCAAGUAAAAUGUAGUGAUGAAUAUAACGUUGAUUAUAACAAAGCAUUGGAAUUAUCAAAACAAAGUUAUAAAGAGCAAACAAUAUUAAAAAAUAUGGCAUGGUGUAGUCAUAUGACAGCACUCGAAUAUUGGGGAUGUAUGGUGGAGUAUCCAGAGUUAUUUUAUGGUGUAAAAUGCAACACCUCUGAUUGUAAUGAUCAUAACAUCGUACAACUUGGUCCAAAAUUAAGAACUCCAGGAAUAUUUCAUUUUAUAACAGGCGACACUCCACCAUUUGGAAUGGGGCUAGAAGGUGUCAAAAAUGUCACUCCAUUGAACAUCCAUUUAAUGAAUGAAUAUAAUGUAUUUUGGAAAAAUUAUAAUAAAUUAAACGGUUAA